UAUAUAUAUAUAUAUAUAUAUACAUACAUACAUACAUAUAUAUAUAUAUAGAGAGAGAGAGAGAGAGAGAGAGAGAGAGAGAGAAAUUUAUGACUUGAAAUUUUGUGAUGGCAAAGAAUUGAGUGGUUGUGAAACUGCUUCUGUGACUUGUCAAAGCCAUUCUGAUGAUCAAUAUUCAUUAGGAGGAGAAGAAGAAGAUAGACGGAAAGUUUCUGCAGAUCUUAACCAAAUGGCGGAUUCUUCAAACGGGAAUUUAGAGGAGACCCUGAAAGUUCAACCAGAUGAUGAAGUUAAGGUGGUUGAAUCUGUGACGGACAUAGCUAUUGAUGAUUAUUCUGCGGCUGGAAAGAAAACCCAUGACGGUGAUGAUUUGAGUUCGAGUAGUAGCAGUUCGGAUGAAGAGACAGGAGCUGGUGAGAAGAGUGCUAAAGUGGCGGAUUCAGGGGAAGUGGAGGAGACGAAAGAAGUUUCCGUAGUGGUUGUUGAGACUGUUGAAUCUCUGUCCAACCAUUUGGAUCAAGGUGGUGUUGAUGAUUUGGAAGCUGUGGAGGAAGAAGAGGAGAAAGUUUUGGCAUCUGUCAAUGGGACCGAUGAAUCUUCUGCGGCCAUAACAGAUUUGGUGUCAGAGCAGAUUGAGGAAAAAACAUUGACAUAUUUGGAUGAGAGCAAUGGGGUUUCUCUAGCUGAAACAGAUUUGGUGUCCAAGGAGGUUGAGGAACCAGCAUUGCCUUCUUUGAGUGAGCAUGAUGAGCCUGCUCCAGUCAUAACAGAUGUUGAAGAAAAGAGUGAGGUUGUAGAUGUGGUGUCAAAGGGAAUUGAAGAGACAAUUGGAGAGUCAUCUUACAAGGCAUCUAGUGAGAAUGUGGUUGAUGGAUCCUCGGAGCCGUCGCCUGAUCAGGUUCCUCCUCCAGUUGAAUCAGCUGAUGCUGGAGAAGAGUAUGGGAAGCCUGAGAUUCCUGAAAGCACGGGAAAUCCGUCUAUUGUAUCUGUCACUGGACGCCCCCUGCAACCAACUUCAUGGAGGAGUUGCUGUGGGCUUUUCCAAGUUCUGCAUCGAUCCAAUCGAUAAUUCAAGAGACAAAGCAAAGCGUUAUGGUGCAGCUGAGAACCAGAGAUGAAGGUUGCAAAGACAGAGACAGCUACACUUAAUUAUAUAAGCCUUUUCAGCGAUUUAGAGCUUCACUUUCGUUAGCUUAGCAGGGGAAGAUUGAGAUUGGGUUAUGCGUGAUUGUGUGUGGAGUGAAUUUCUUCGGUGGUUCUUUAAUUAUAUUUUCCGUAUUUAUAUUGAGAAAAAAAAAAAACUUUCUUUGAUAUUCCUACAGUGAUUUGUAUUGUAUUUAUUGAGGAUUUUCCUCUGUUCUUCUGUUUUUUUGGGUAAAUAUUGAACGGAAAAGUUUGUUACC